CACGCGCAGUAGCUGCCCUCUCCGCGAGGCAUGUUAUAUAGGCGGCUGGGUCAGCUGAUGCUCCCGCAUUGCAGACUGCAGAAUCCUGAGAGAAAAGCGAAAACAACGAGAUGCGGUGCUUCAGCGUCUUCGGCCUCCUAUGCUCGCUGGUUGCGGCUGCUUUGGCAAGUCCCCUCUUAGUGGAGAAGGAUUGUGCGAAAGGUCCUGAGGUAUGGUGCCAGAACUUACGAACGGCGUCACAUUGCAGAGCAGUUAAACAUUGUCGGCAAACUGUUUGGAACAAACCUACAGUGAAAAGCAUUCCUUGUGACUUGUGUAAAGAAAUUGUAAUUGUGGCUGGGAAGUUCUUCAAGGACAAUGGCACAGAGGAAGAAAUACAUGCCUACGUGACUAAGGCCUGUGAAUUUAUUCCUGACCAAGGCAUGGUAGCCGAGUGCAAGGAAAUGGUGGAUGCUUACCUGCCAAACAUUCUGGACAUGAUCAAGCAGGAACUUGAUAAGCCUGAAGUUAUUUGCAGUUCGCUCACACUGUGCCAGUCUCUUCAGAAGCACCUGGCAAUGAUGAAGCUGCAGAAACAACUUCAGUCGAACAAGAUCCCAGAGCUAGAUUUCUCUGAACUGGCAUCUCCCUUCAUGGCUAAUGUGCCCCUUCUGCUUUACCCUCAGGACAAGCCCCAGAAAAAGUCACAGGAAAGUGGGAACGUGUGCAAAGACUGUGUCCAGCUAAUAACUGAUGUUCAGGAAGCUGUGAAGUCAAACGCCACCUUUGUGAAUUCCCUAAUUGAUCAUGCCAAAGAGGAGUGUGAACGCUUGGCACCUGCCUUUUCAGACCUGUGCAAAGACUACAUUUCCCAGUAUUCAGAUUUGGCUAUCCAGAUGAUUAUGCAUAUGCGACCAGAGGAUAUUUGUAGCAUGGUUGGAUUAUGUUCUUCGCAGAAAUCUAUGCCUCUCCAGAGUCUGGUGCCAGCUAUUGCUAUCUCUGAAGUAAAGGCAGAAUCAGCUGAGAAUAGUGUAAAUCAAGCAGAAUCAUUUUCUUUGUGUGGAGUAUGCAAAGUUGUGGUUGAAGAGGUGGACAGACUUUUGGAAAGCAAUAAGACAAAGGAGGAGGUGGUGCUGGGAAUACGGGCAGUGUGUUUGCUACUACCUCAUAAAAUCCGAGACCAGUGCAAGGACUUUGUGGAUGUCUAUGGCAAGGCAGUCAUUGAUAUGCUUUUGGAAGCAACUGGUCCUAAGGAGGUGUGCAUUAUGCUGAAAUUGUGUGCAAAUGAUGUUUUGCCUGCUGAAAAUAUUGUUCCAGUGCAGCUGCCGACUGGUGACGUCUGUGAUGUAUGCAAGAUGAUUGUAGCGUAUGCAGACAAGCAAUUGGCAAAGAAUGCUACCAGUAAAGAAAUUGAGGAAUUUCUGGAAAAAAUCUGUAGCGUGCUUCCAAAAGCUUAUAAAGACCAGUGUGAUAACUUUGUGGAGCAGUAUGAGCCAACAGUCGUGCAGCUCUUGACAGAAAUCAUGGAUCCCAAUUUUGUGUGUACUAAACUUGGAGUUUGUGUGACAUCCACACAGCCUCUUUUGGGGUCAGACGUAUGUGUCUGGGGACCUGGCUAUUGGUGUAAGAAUAUGGAAACGGCAUCUCAGUGCAAUGCUGUUGAACACUGCAAACGCCAUGUGUGGAACUAGAGAAAACCCCCUUGGGCAACUUUUUUGUUCUCGAAUAAAGCAAGAGGCAAGGCUUAGACUGUCAAAAGCUAAAUCUGGAUGUCCUGAUCUUCUUCCCACCUCGACUCCACCCCAGCCAUCCCGAGAUCUCUCAAGUUUCUUUAUGAAUGUGUUUUGGUAGCAGUGCUACUACCCUGGAAAGUUCCACAGUGUUGACUUAAUGAGGUUUCUAACUCUAGUUUUAGUUCCAUAUGGUACAUAAGAAUAAAUAGUAAAUCAAUGCUGGCUGUCCCAGGUGCCUUUUGAGGAAGGAGUGCUUGUAAUCAAAGUAGUCCAAGGGCACCACUGCCUUGUGUAUAUCUUAAAGUUGGUAACACAUCCUUAAAAAGGCACUCUUGCUGAUGUCCCUGUGUUUGAGUGCUCCGCAUUAAAACCACCACUGAAAUGAUGCCCGCUUCUAAACCGUUAACUGGUAGUAGAAUCCCUCAAAAGUGUUUGGAGCAAAACUGCAUAAACACACAGGAAUACCCUUCCUGCAAAAGGAAUCUUCCAAAGAGGGGACAUACUGGGCUUAUGUUGCUUGUAUAACAUAAGGCUGCAAGUCUUGGAAGCUAUUGUGGGUUUCAUUGGUUUAAGGCCAGAGUUGUGUCCCUUUCUGAACUAGGUGACUCAUGGGCCAUGUAAUGAAUAGUCUUAAUGCAGACAGUAUUAGUUGCUGCUCUGUCUCUCCCCAUGCUAGCUUUAGGCACUCAAGGAUUGGUGUAGCCCAUUAUUUUUAAAAUACUCCACUCACUACGUGAAAGAACAAUGUGAUUGCUAUGAGACUGGAAAAAUUAAGGAGUGUACCUGGUAUGUUCUGAUUUCUGAGAUGCAUGUACUUCUGCUAAGGUGUACUUCAUGACUUAACACACUCCUGUCUUUGGUAAGAGAAGAAUAUCAAAGGUGGAAUAGAGAAGAAGCUUGAAAAAGCACACAGUGUGUGUGGUUGCAGUGCAGCUGUCUCGUAGUCUGCAGCUAUUUGCAUGACAGAAUAAUGCUUGAGGUAACUUGGAUACACAGAAUAGCUCAUCGUGUAAUAGCAGCACGGAUCAGGACACUGAUGGCUUUGUGUUCUUGGAGAGCAGGGGGAUUAGCUCCGUGACCCAUGUAAGCAGUACAACUGAUGUUGUUGCAAGACCUAGAUAACAGACUCUACUCUUGAUAUUUUUCGAGAUUUAUCCAGGCACAGGGAUGUGAAGGAAGCAGUAUGUUGUGGAGAGGUGAGAAUUAUUCCUCACACCCAGUGCCCCUGAACCCUUGAAUACAUAGCUGUCUAAACAAUUUGCCUAGAUUGUUGAGUCAACUUCCCAGAUUUCAGCUGAGCUCACUGGAGCUUUGAAAACUUCUGAUUUCUUUAGUAUAGUCAGUAGUGUAGGAUCAGGUGGGAACCCCUUUCUCAUGGUAGCAAACGAAUUGGUUCAAAUUGGCUAUAACCAUGAUUGUGCAGCUUUAUUUUAUAUACCAUAAAUGUACUUGGUGAGGGCAUUGAUUUGAUUUUUAUCAAACUGAUUUUUGUCUGCUGUCUGGCUAGCAAUUCCUGCAACUCAGAAGCUAAUAUCUGUUACAAAGCAACUUCCGUGUCCUUAUCACCUUACUGCAGGUGUCAACGCUGACUAAACUGAUAUCUGCUUAAUCUCCUCUGCCGAUGUAGGGUGAACACUUGCCUCUCCUUAGCAGGAGCCUCCUUGCUCUAAGAGGCUAUAAAACAAUUGCUGGACUGUGCUUUGCUGUCAUUUCAGAUUAGAUGCUAUUCUACUGUAUUUUCGUUAGAAUUUCUACUUGUGUGUGCAGUUCUCAAUUUCUUGCUUUGUAAAUUGAUUUCCCAUCUCAUUUGAGAUUAAGUGUUUAGAAUUUAAGUGUGAACUGCAGAAAACAAACACUUGCUUUAAUAAACCACUGUCUCAAUUUUAAUGUGGUUUUUGCACUAAAGCUUCUGUAAUUUAACAAUAAAAGUGGAACUAUAAAUCUG